GGGCUGUUCAGUUUAAGUUGGGAUUUGAAGACUCUAAGAUGCGUUCAGCUACCGUGCUCUUUGUGGCAAUCGCCGUUCUCCUGGUUUCGGGAUACGAGGCAGCCGUCUCCCGAGGCGUCUUCAAGGAUCCAGCCCAUCCUGGAAAGUGUGUUCUCGAAGGAUUGGUUCUCGAGAAAGGACAGAUUGCACGCCACCCACAAAGAUGUGAGCAAAUUAUAUGCGAAGAAAAUAGUGCGGUGCAGAUACAAUCUUGUGGUGCCUAUGGACUUCCCCCCGGAAAAAAGUUUGGAAAAUACACGGCUCCGAAUGCAGAUUACCCUGCCUGCUGUGAACGUGAAAUUAUCAACCAGUAAACCCGUUUUUGAAGUUAACAAAAUUGAGCACGUCGAAACGAGUUAACAAGCUGACUAAUUAAAAAACAAUGUGCAUAUUAAGCCUACCAAAUAUCUAAUGAAGUGAGGUCCAUUUUAAUAGUUUAAAAAUAAUUUGAGUGUGCAAAAAUAAAAAACACAGUUGUCGGUUUUCGCAGUUGUAA